AUGAUUUCAAAGUCACCAACUCCCAUAAACCCCAGAAACAUGGCAUUUUCGGGUGGACCCAACAUGUUUUCCUCCUCGACAAGGAAAGUGGCGGUUGAUCCCAUCACUCUCAUGAUCAACGAGUGUAUGAUAAUUCUGCUGGCCAUGUACAAAAUGAAGCGGUGGUCGCAAAGCGGCGUAGCUGCCAUUUUGGGCACUGGCGACAUAUUUGGCGAGGACGAUGUCAUGAAUCUAGGAUUGGGUGCUAAAGAAAGCGGAGCAAGAGCCAACGGGGCCGCCGUGGCGCCAAAUAGCAACCCUUUGCACUCGAGCUUCUUGCAAUUGCGUGUAAUUUUGAUGGAAACAUCAGAUAUCUACGCCGUGGACAGCUUGACAUUGCUCCAGCCAUUCUUAAUGGCUAUUGAGUCAAGCACCACUUCCAGCCAUGUCACCACAUUGGCAUUGAAUGCCAUCACAAAGUUCCUUGACUACGACAUUCUUUCCCUGCGUCUGAAGAACUUGCAGAAUCUGCUUGUGCAGUUGAUACUGUCGUUGACACAUUGCAGAUUCGAGGCCUCGGACCAGAACACUGACGACUCAGUCUUGUUGAAGGUUUUGCGUCUUUUAGAAAUGAUUGUGGAUUCUCCGCUCUCGCGCCUAUUGCCUAAUGCAGUGGUCUCAGAGGUGAUUCAAACGUGUUUAUCGCUUGCUUGCAACAAGAGAAGAAGCGAGGUGCUCAGAAGGGCUGCAGAGAUGGCUAUGGUAUCUAUGACCAUCCGCGUGUUUCUGCGCCUUCGCGAGCUAGAGCCAGAACAUGCCAAUUCUGAGGAGAUUUCUACUAAUUACGCAGAAUUGCCAGCUGAUGUUAUCGGAAGCACAGCUGUUGAAGACUCUGAAAGUGCACUUGAAGGAGAGGAAAUCUCCGAUAAAUUAGCCAGGGAGCAAUCUGCAAGGCUCAGAAGAUUGUCAGGACCCUUGCAAGCCUCGCCAAAAAAGAACUCAGACGAUGUUGCUGAGAAGCAAUUUGACAUUGUCUGCAUCAACGAGUUCUUCGGCAUACUAAUAUCCAUGAUAUCACCCUCCAACCAGUACCAGCACAUGGAGUCCACCAGAGUGUUUGCCUUAUACUUAAUUAACACUGUCAUCGAGGUAGCAGGUGAUGAUAUUCCUCGCCACACCUCCUUGAUGGGUUUGGUUUCUGACCCAGUGUCUAAGGAUGUUUUGCAGAUAAUCACCACAACAGACUCGCCGGCUUUGUUACUGGCAGCUCUCAGGUUAUUCUGUACAAUGGCAAUAGUGCUCCACAAUCAGCUCAAGUCACAGAUCGAAUUAACAUUCAACUUAUUGUUCAGAUCCAUUUUGCCUGCUGAGACUCAAGGCGAGGACUCCAUUAAAGGUAACAAGACUGUUGUAUCCAACAGAGUUUCCUCAUCCAAGGAAAUGAUUGUGGAGUCUCUUUCCUUGCUUUGGACGAGAUCUCCUCAGUUCUUCUCCCUGUUGUUUGUUGAGUUUGAUUGCGAUUUCGAGAGGACUGACUUGGCAACCUCGUUCGUUCAUUUCUUAUGCAAAUUAGCCCUUCCGGAGUCAGCAUUUAUGGCCACAGACAAUGUGCCUCCAAUUUGCUUGGAGGGUGUUCUUUCCUUGAUUGCUGGCAUCAAUGAUAGAGUGAAGGGCUGUAAUGUCGCCCAACAACUGCCUUCAGCAUCUGAGCAUAAUUUAAUUGUUGACAAGGAAAAGAAGACGUAUUUUGUGAAGUGCACAGAACUAUUCAACAAGAGUCCCAAAAAGGGCCUCGCUGCUCUCUGUGAGAAGGGCUUCAUCAAAGAUCCUGCUGAUCCUAAAGAGGUCGCGGAGUUCUUCUUCCACAAGUCUACGAGACUUAACAAGAAGAUGCUUGGUGAGUUCCUUGCAAAGCCAAGCAAUAUCGAGCUUUUGAAGCAUUUUAUGACGCUUUUUGAGUUUGAUGGCCUUAGAGUCGACGAGGCUUUGAGAUUGAUGUUAAAAGCCUUCAGAUUGCCUGGAGAAUCCCAGCAAAUUGAGAGAAUUGUUGAGCUUUUCGCCGAAGCUUACGUGGGCUGCCAAAGUGACCUGACAAGUUUCUGCCCUCAUGAGGAAGACCAGGAACCUGUGACUCCCGACAGAGAUGCGGUUUUUGUGUUGUCCUAUUCAAUUAUCUUACUUAAUACCGAUUUGCACAAUCCGCAAGUGAAGAAGCAAAUGGACUUGGACGCUUAUAGGAGGAAUCUUAAGGGUGUCAACAACGGCAAGGAUUUCCCCGAGUGGUACUUGUCUAAGAUUUACAGUUCCAUCAGAGAUCGUGAAAUCAUCAUGCCAGAAGAACACCACGGUACUGAUAAAUGGUUUGAUGAUGUUUGGCACAACCUUAUUUCUUCUCAAUCUAGGUAUGCCCGUGAUCAUGGAGUUUCAAUCAAUGAUUUUGAUUUACCUACUUUAUGUCAGUUCGACAAACUUUUGUUUGAAUCUAUUGUGGACGAGACGGUUGAUACUUUAAUCAAGGUUUUCAUGGAGGCUUCUGAUGACCACAUAAUUACAAAGUUGAUGUCCUCGAUUGACAAGUGUGCAAAUAUUUGUAUUUCUUACGGAUUAACGGAUUCUGUGGACAUGUUGAUCUCCAAAUUGGCCAAGUUGACAACCCUCCCAGAUAAGAGUUUCCUCAAAGUUAAUCCUGAUGAGAAUGUUCGAAUCGAGAUUCCAAUCACGCAGAUUAAUAUCGAGAAGAAGAAUGAGGCCAUCUUCAUUAGUGAUAUGGCUGUUCAUUUUGGCAGGGAUUUCAAGGCUCAGCUUUCCACAGUUGUACUCUUUAGAUUGAUCAAGAAGCCUGAUUGUCGGGUCACUGCGUCAUGGGACUCUGUUAUUAAGAUCAUAUUGACUCUCUUUGAAUACUGCUUGAUCAACCCCAAUCUCUUCAGUGAAUUCCAAAAGAAGCUCCAAUUGUCUCCUUUGGAGAAAGUGAAGGCCAGAUACACAAUUCUGCGGGUGAAGCCACUCAAAGAAUCUGGACUUAUGUCCUCUUUUUCAUCGUUCUUUAAAGGUUACUCAGAUGACCCUCCAGAACCCAGUGAUCAGGAAGUCGAAUCCACUCUUUCCACCAUUGACUGUGUGAGAUCUGUAAAUGUGCCAGGUAUUUUCGAUACUGUUUCAAAGGGAACUAGUGAAGAAUUGGUGACGUUUAUUGAAAUGAUUUUGGACACUUUGCCUGAAUUUACACCAGAGAAGAAGCGCUUCUUUGAAACCGAAGUCUUGUUCUUGUUCGAAAUUGCUGUAUGCUUCUCGCUUAUUGUUAAUGACUCUAAGGUUACCAACAAGGUCAUCGAACGAUUGACCUACUAUUUGAAGUCCGAGCGUGGCAUCAACAAGGGGUACUGUAGACUUUCAGUUUAUUUAUUCUUGGUCGGGAGACAAAGCGAUGGAACUCAAAGAGACUCAAUUGUCGAAACUUUGAACCAUUUGCACACCAUCGACAAGGAAGCAUUAUCAGCGAACAGUGCUGCUUUGAAUCAGACUUUGUUCUCUCUUGUGGAUGACGAGUCUGGGUUGAAGAGCUUAAUCGCGGAGGAGUCUUAUUGGAAAUUAUUGAGGUUGACGGGAUCCACACCAGAACGCGCAGAAGAUGUUUUGAUUUUCGUUGAAUCUAUCGUGAAGAAUUCACCUGAGGAGAUAAAUCAACAAAAUUAUGUUUCUUUCCUAGGAUUGCUCGACGAGAUUUCCUCAUUAGGUGUUGUUGCAGCACAAUAUGAACAAGCGAAGGAGAAAGGAAAGGCGCUUGAUGCAACUGAAGAAUCGGCAUUGGUUAGAAAAUCGGUUGAGCUCUCCAAAAGAUCUGUCAGUUUAACAGGUGAGCUUGCAAGCACACAGCAAUUUGUCUCGUAUCCACUUAUCCAAGCCUUGGCCCAUCAAUGUUUCAAUCCAUGCAGAGAGAUAAGAGGACAUGCUAUUAAAGUUUUGCAGACAACGAUUUUGUCUGGUACAUUCAAUUCUGAUUACACUGCCGCUGGCAUCUACGAAUAUGGUUUGUUCCCAUUGUUAACAGAGUUGGAGAAAGACGAGGUGUUUCACACUGAUGUGAAUGGAUUCCCCGACACUCACCAGCAAGUGUUAAACUUGGUCAGCAAAGUAUAUUUGCAGUUCCACAGCGAGCUUCCAAGCGAUGAACAAUCUAAAAUCUGGCUUGGAAUCUUGGACAAUUUUGUAACGAUCAACCAGUUGAAUGCCAAAUUCCAGAAAGAAGACGUUCGUGAAUCCAGUUCUGAGAUUAUGAAGAAUAUGAUUUUGGUGUUGCGCAAUGAACUUCUUGUUCCAGAAAAAACAGAACUCUGGGACGCCACUUGGAAGACCCUUGAUCCCAUCUAUCCUGGGAUGAAAGAUGAGCUUCCUAAUUAA